GGGAGCCUUCACCAGGACUGAGUAAGUCACGGAUGGUUUUGAAAGGGUUAGAGAUUUGACACUGGCCUCGACCAACGACCAUGACAGCCACAAACGCAACAUUGCGACGGAUCUUUCCUCCUCCGUCCAGCUAGUAGCUUGUAACCAACAGUGAAACAACAACAGCAAUGUCAUCAGAGGAACCAAAGGCCGCUGCAGAUGCUGCCCCUGCUGCUGAUGCGGAAAAGUCCAAGAGAUCGCCGUCGGAUUUUCUCAAGUCAGUGCUGGGGCGUCCUGUUCGAGUGAAACUGAAUUCUGGAAUUGAAUAUCGAGGAGUGCUGGCAUGCCUGGAUGGAUACCUGAAUAUGGCCCUGGAACAAUCAGAAGAAUAUGGGCCAGAUGGUCUUCUCAAAGCUAAAUACGGAGACUGUUUCAUUCGGGGAAAUAAUGUCCUCUAUGUUUCCACGCAAAAGCGACGGUAGGGCUUUUGGAGCAAUGAACUGGGUUUUCUUUCAUAAAGUGGACGAGAUCUAGCUAGGGUUUGAUCCUGAGGAGACUACGACAGGCAGCCGAGGUAGAUUGCUGGACGAAGAUGACCUCCAAAUGCGAAGCGAUACAGUUCUUUCUGGGAGGCAGCCAACACAGGCAGGCGACCUUGACGCUCAUGAUCGUUGCUCUGUCUUAGGGUAGUACGCCCCGUAGUCAAUUCAAUCAUAUCCUACUACUAGCAGCUCUACUAGCUACCGGUGGACAGCCAACUCUCUGUAACAUGGGACCAGGCUUCGCUCGUUCCUACGGCGAUUUGGCAAAGGGGUUAUUGGCAGGAAGUGCACCGCCAAACCAACCCUCUCGAGCUCGAGCCAUUUGGCUCGGGGUACGGUAUCGCAUAGCUGGUUCUUCGUUCAUCACUGUGCAGAAGGCAAAGAAGUGACCGAUGGCGGCGCAGCCAUUAGCAUCGAUGCGGCAGAAUGUCUCCACUCAAUACAAGAACAAGUAAUAAUAGUCAAGAGGAGGGCGAAUCUGAAAAGGUUUUGAUCUAUAAAAUGUCUCUCGUCUAUCC